ACCUUCGCUUACGGCCAUACCACCCUGAACACGCCCACAAGCAAACCAGGAAGUGGUUGGAACAAACAUUUCGAGCACACGGCUCCUUUUCUCAACCUGUUUUCUCCCCUUUAUUCUCCUCUGUUUUGUACUUCUCUUCCUUUUCUCGUCUUGUGCGACUUUAGUUCUUUGUUUUGUUCAUUUAAAAGACUGGUUUUCCCCCCGACAGUGUGUUUUACACUGUGCGGGGGCGCUUUAAGUUUUGCUGACUAUGGACGGACCUCAAGUUGACGACCCACUGAACGGAAAAAUGGCAAAUGAAACGGCAACAACAGAAAAAGGACGGGAAGAUAAAGGCAAAGAAAAUGAAAGAAAAUAUGAUAAGGACAUGACACUCCAAAUUGAGCUACAAGGUACGGAGAAAGUAACAAUUAUGGAACUUUUAAAGUGUGUGCGGGAGUUGUGUGGUGGCUUAAUGGCCUGCCGCUACACUGGAGAAAACAAAUAUGAAGUCACAAUGACCAACGCUAUAGGGAAAAGAAGGCUCCUGGACGGCUUCAAAAUCGGCACAACAUCUGUUUUGGCAAACAAGCUUGACAAUGACGAACUGGUGGUAUCUUUCUUAGGCCUCCCGGCCUACAUCACGGACAAAGAAAUUCUGGACAAAUUACACGGAUGGGGGGUCUCAGCGGUGUCACUGAUAAAGAGGAGAAUGUGGCCGGGGACCAACAUCGCAGAUGGGACAAGAUACUUAAAGGUCUUCAUCGAUCGUGUCCGGACCUUCUUCAUCAGCCGCUGUAAACUAAGGACACUGGCAUCUGUGGAUUGGCAAUGGGCUUGGCUAUUUGGAAUCACUAACGGCACAACUGAUAUCAACAAGACAACAAUCAACAUCAUGCUCUCCUUCACACGCCAUACAGUUUUCAUCGCCAGGAACUACAUUCUACACGAAGAUCUGCACAUCGACAGAUGGCUUCUCUUAACAAGCACAGUCAAAAAGUCACUUCAGACUACUAUAUACUACAUACACAAACAUUUUUCGUGAGAUGUUCGCAGGUCGGACAGCGUUGUUUGAGUCUGUGACUGAUGACAACAUAGUUUACGGCUUCUAACUCUAUGGAGUUAAAAAGGGGAUGUUGGAAUAUAAAAUGUAAGUGUGUGUGUGUGUGUGUAUAUGUAUGUAUACAAUCUGCGUUUUUUUCUGUCUUUUCUUUUGGGUUAUUGUUGGGGAUCUGCUCAUUCAAGAUGGAGUCACAUGCAUCUUGGAUGGCGAACACAUGGCCCCUUGCUCAAAGACAAAGAGUGUCAUAAAACUCAGUCAAUAAAGAUCCCUUAUCUUCCACACAUCAGUGGUCACUUUGUGACAUGUGACCCCACGUAACGGGCAAUACAAAAGCCAGGUUUCCCCACCUUCUUUCUCUUCUCUUCGCUCUUCUCUUCUCCAUCUCACCGGAGGACACAG